AUGACCACUUUGGCAGACACCAUCCAGAGUCGCGAGAACAGUGACAAAUCUCGCCUGAAAUCUCACAAAUCCCUACCGCGACGAUGGGAUCUAGUCGACACAGGUUCCCCGUCUUGUGUUGAUAGUAGCGAUUCUGUUGAUAACGUGAAUAACGGCCUCGUCUACUCUCCCACGCGCACGCUUCCCCUUACUCCGCCAGCCAUCACGGCUGAAGACCGGAAACCCCUUUCGACUGCGCAGAAUCAUAACUGUGAAACCCCUCUGGACCCUCAAGGCAGCAUAACACCGUCAAACAGGAUAAACCCGCUGACCCCGGAUAUUACCCCUCCUCGUGUCGUCUCUCGCCCCAGGAAACGAGAAGCACAAUCACAGCGCGUGCCCUCUGUCUCCUCGAGAACGACCUCCUUUGCGACAGCUCGAGAAACCCUAUCGUCCGAUGAGGAGACCGAAAGAGCAAAGUCAACUCCAAAAUCAACUCCAAAAUCAACUCCUCUACUACUACCGUGCAAACAUAGGCUGCCACACCCUUUGCGCAACACCGCCGUUAACCAUACGACUACCGAUGGGACGUGGCAGGAGACUCCUACGCAAAAGCCUAAGCAGAAGCGCCAACUGUUUGAGACAGAAGAGCUACAAGUCCGCAAACGCGGCGAAAACAGUACCCCUUCUACCUCACCUCGCUCUCAAUCCCAUCAAGGGCAUUCGCCUUCAGUUAUCCGCCAUGGCAGCCUCCGUGAACGUGUUAGGAAAGAGGAAAUUACAGCACCCACCGCCUCUGUUGAAGCCUUUGCCGCUAGCAUCGGAUGGCCUAGUGAAAGCGGUAUAGACAACAUGGACUCGGCGCACACACGCUGUAUAUCAACUGCGUCAACCACUACCAUCGAAGCUGUUGUAAUUGAUUCUCCACCACAAAAGAAAAGGACACUUCGACACACUGGGAAGAAUGGCUCUCUUCGGUCUGUCAGCACACCGAUCCCUGGCUCACCAUCCGUGUCCAGAUCGCUACAACCGCAACCACAAACGCAACCACAGCCACGCCUAACUCAUAAACAUACUCGGAUUACGAACGAAAAUCGCUUGAGCAUUGCAUCGGAUAUGUCCAUUGCAACUGCGAGUACCACCUUGACUCAGACCAAACCGAAGCAAGUUGAAGACGUUAUACGUGUAGUUGUCAUCCCCCAACGUCGGUCGUCCCUUCAGUCUUCCACACCAGUUAGACCACCAACAUUACGCUCAUUACCUCCAACAAGCCACCGCAGACCCUCCACAGCCCCAGAUUCGGACAUAGGACACAGGCGGCGUACUAUGUCGGAGUCCCUACCUUCAACCUCCAGUGCACCUAGUGCUUUUUGCGCGAAAAUCCCUGCACGACGGUCCUCUCUAUCCGCCCCCACAAGUCGGAAUACAUCUCGCGCCGGUUCAGUUUCUGGUGAUAGCUCUCGUCCACCCAUCACUAGUGCUACAAGAGAGGAGUUGCUUAAUUCCAAGCCUCUACCAAGCCUCCCUUUGGAGCCUUCUAGACAACCUUCCAAAAAUACAGAAUCAAAAUCAGAAGGUAUGCUGUCGGAACUUAUCCCCAAGCCCCUUCGCCUGUCUGCAGCCUCUAUGCCCACGCCGCAAAUAAUUAUGCCCUCAGAGUCACCAGUUUAUGACAACAAUGAUUCUGUUCGUCAACCAACUCCACCAGCUGGCUCCUUGACACCUUUUCAACUUUCUAUCGAGUCCCUCUCUUUCUCCCCUGGGCCUGUGGAAAUUAGUCAAGCCACCGCGGUCCCUUUUUUUGCACAUAAUAAUAAGUCUCUCCUGGUCGUUGAACAUCCACUCUCUGAAGCCCGCCCAUAUACAGGUGACCUCAGGACACCUAUGCUCUCUCUCGACUAUGUUGAAUCUCCUCUUCGAUAUCCUCGCGCUGCACCUAAACCUCCUGAUUUGGCUUCGCAGGCCACCCCGUCCAUCCCAUUGAAACGCGCAGACACACUGCCAUCGCGGCCCCGGCCUUCACUUCCAAUGGAGACAGAUAGUAGCAAUGACAAUGGCGGUGGCCUUGUCCGUCGUCUCAGUUCCGUUCGUCGCAGAUUUAGUUCCCGUCGCGCUUCCACCGCAGACACCAUACCUGCUACCGAUGCUGCAAAUGAUAUUAAAAGCACGACGCAUCGUGUCCGCAAUAGGACGGCAGGGAAGAAACUGGACAGUAAACUACAUCCGUUUUGGCGUCCGUAUGGAUUCUGGGAAGGCUGCGACUAUGAAGGCAUCACUGGUGACGAUCACCCCAAAACCACGACCACGGUCACCGCCGGAAAUGACUUGACUCCCUGCGGGUAUGAGAGUGGGCAAUAUGUCAGCAACACACUUGGAAUUCCCCAGAAUCGCACGCCAUUCCAAGGCCCUAUCUCCUUGAUCCGGCGUGUCUCGCAGCGUUCUCGCUCUCGGCCUAAAUCUAGCCGUCUUAUCAAGCCAACCAGAAAGGCCAGCCUGACCCUUCUUUCCUCUGAUUACCGUCGGAAAAAAAGAGUCCGCUCUUUCCGGCCUCUUCACGAAGUACAAGACUGGAUCACCCGCACUCGUCAACGCCGUGAACAGGAGAAACUUGAAGCCCGUCGAGAGAGACUUCGUCGAGCUAUUGGUGGGAACGUUAUUGUCGAUUAUACCAGCGUUGCCUCCACUAUGGACCCAGAGAGUGUCUUUGCUUCAUCCAGGAGGGAGAGAAACUAG